CUGCCCGCAAACUUCGCCUAUCUCGUUAACCCCCACUACCAGUUCCGCCUGAAGCCUUGGGCUAACUGCAUCCUCCCAUCGUUUCCGAAACCGUCGCGAUAUAGUCGGCACUGGAGCUAGCUGGGAAUAUAAAGGACGGGAUCGCGGCGUGCAAAGUUCUGUGAAGCUCCCGUACUCCUGCCCGACUCGCCGUCCUCUCUGUCUUCCCCUCUCCCUUCCUCUCACCCCCGUUUGCGCGCUUCAGCCCCGCCAUAUCCCGUAAAUCCACCUUCGAACUGGACGUACUAAAUCCAGGAUUUAAGGCAAAACGGAGAAGAACGGGAUUCAAGAUCCUGUAGGAUUUUAAAUUGUCAUUUGUGCUGUUUAGCAGGAUUUAGGUUUAAUCUUGCUCAAAUCCUGCUACCAAGCAUUCCGUCGCAGCCACAACUCGCACGUCUCGCGUCUUUCUUUUGCCUCCAGGCCUCACCCGCUCGUCUCUUCGCCGAAUCGAUCUCUAGUCUCCGGUGUAGGCCGCGAGGCAUCUUGCAGGUAGCCAAGUAUCCCAGUCUUGGUGGCUGUCGUUGGCUGUUUGCUCAACAGAAUCAACAUUGCUUAAAAUAGUCAGACUGAUUUUAAAAAGGAACAAUGGCGGUUCAUAGUUGUGUUAACCAAGUUUUUUCAGACAAUGGAGAAGAUGAUGAUGGGCCUGCAAUUUUUAAGAGAACUAAUCCAUCAUCCAAGCAAAAUCAGUUAAAUUCCUCUUCUAGGAAGUUAUUAUCGUCUCAAAAUAGUGUUGGAUUUUUUAAAGAACGUACAUCUAGCAUGGUGCAUGCUUCCAAGGAUAAAAGUUUAGGGAUGAAGGAUACAGCUGCACCUUCUUCCAAAAUUUCAUCUGAAAAGUCCAAGUCUGUAAGCUCAAAUGCUUCUUUUUUUGUUCAUGACAAUGCAAUAGGCUCAGCGGGUCAGAAUUUGGUUUCUAGGAACCAGAUGAAGGCAUCCCAUUCUGGCAAGAUUUUUGUGGCUGAGAAUUCCGUUUCUCAAAAUAGUGUUGGAUUUAUUGCAGAACGUACAUCUAGCAUGGUGCAUGCUUCCAAGGUUAAAAGUUUAGGGAUGAAGAAGGAUACAGCUGCACCUUCUUCCAAAAUUUCAUCUGAAAAGUUCAAGUCUGUAAGCUCAAAUACUUCUUCUUUUGUUCAUGACAAUGCUUCCAAGGAUAAAAGUUUAGGGAUGAAGAAGGAUACAGCUGCACCUUCUUCCAAAAUUUCAUCUGAAAAGUCCAAGUCCGUAAGCUCAAAUGCUUCUUCUUUUGUUCAUGACAAUGCAAUAGGCUCAGUGGGCCAGAAUUUGGUUUCUAGGGACCAGAUGAAGGCAUCCCAUUCUGGCAAGUCUUUUGUGGCUGAGAAUUCCGUUUCUCAAAAUAGUGUUGGAUUUAUUGCAGAACGUACAUCUAGCAUGGUGCAUGCUUCCAAGGUUAAAAGUUUAGGGAUGAAGAAGGAUACAGCUGCACCUUCUUCCAAAAUUUCAUCUGAAAAGUUCCAGUCUGUAAGCUCAAAUGCUUCUUCUUUUGUUCAUGACAAUGCUUCCAAGGAUAAAAGUUUAGGGAUGAAGAAGGAUACAGCUGCACCUUCUUCCAAAAUUUCAUCUGAAAAGUCCAAGUCUGUAAGCUCAAAUGCUUCUUCUUUUGUUCAUGACAAUGCAAUAGGCUCAGUGGGUCGGAAUUUGGUUUCUAGGGACCAGAUGAAGGCAUCCCAUUCUGGCAAGUCUUUUGUGGCUGAGAAUUCCGAUGAUUCCAUUGAUAAUAUGCCUUUAAGCUUUAGAAUUAGUUCAUCCUCAAAGGGAAAUAAUUCCACGGCUGUUCUAAAGGCACCGAAGCAGUCAAUGGCCAGUGGUUUAACAAGUAAAUCUUCUGUCCAAACCAUAUCAGGGAAAGCAAGAAGUUCUGAUGGUUCUGAUGAUGAUGAUAAUGUUCCCUUGAGUGCUAAAUUUAUUUCUGCUUCUUUAGCACCUCACAGUAGCAAUUCCUUACUGGCAGCAAAGGUAAGCAUCAAGGAAUCUGCUUCUGAUUCAGAAGAUGAAAAACCUUUGCUUUCUAGACUUCAAGCAAAGAUCGAGGGUGCUGCAUCUAUUAAAUUAAACUCCAAUGAGAAUUUUUUUCCUUCUAAAAUUGUGGCAAAUGGUUAUGCCAAGAAAGAAUCAAUUGAUGGCUUGACACACUCCAAAGGCUCAAGUAAAAGGCCUUUUGAUGACAAUAAUAACUCGGCUGAGACCUCUGUUAAGAAAGCAAAACUUCUAGAUGGCUCAUCUUCCAUUAAAUUUAAACGGGAAGAACUAGUUAAUAAAGAGCAGAUGAUGGAUGAUGACCAUAUACCAAUUUCUCAGAGAAUGAAAAAGACAGUUUUUUCUGGAAAUCAAGUAUCUGUGAAGAAUGAAAUUAAAAAAACUACGUCAUUUAAGAAAGAUGGUAAGCAGAUGAGAACACUGAAGGACUCAAAAUAUUCCAAGUCAUCUAAAGUACCUCCUGGCUCUGGUGGAGGGCUGAAGUGGACUACCUUGGAGCAUAAUGGUGUUAUUUUUCCUCCGCCAUACAAUCCUCAUGGGAUUAAAAUGCUCUACAAUGGUCAGCCAGUUGAUUUGACUCCUGAGCAAGAGGAGGUUGCUACAAUGUUUGCCGUCAUGAAGGACACAGAUUAUGCCACAAAGCCUAAAUUCAUUGAUUUCAUUGAGAACUUCAUGAAUGAUUGGAGGCAAAUACUUGGCAAAAAUCAUGUCAUUAAAAAGUUUGAGCUUUGCGAUUUCACUCCUAUCUAUGAGUGGCAUCUAAGAGAGAAGGAAAAGAAAAAGCAGAUGAGUUCAGAGGAGAAGAAGCAGCUAAAAGAAGAUAAGAUGAAGCAAGAAGAGAAAUAUAUGUGGGCUAUUGUUGAUGGAGUAAAAGAGAAGGUUGGAAAUUUCAGGGUGGAACCGCCAGGAUUAUUCCGUGGCCGUGGAGAACACCCGAAGAUGGGAAAACUGAAAAGGCGCAUUAGACCAAGAGACAUUACAAUUAACAUUGGCAAAAGUGCCCCAAUUCCUGAGUGUCCUAUACCUGGUGAAAGGUGGAAAGAGGUAAAGCGUGACAAUACUGUCACCUGGCUAGCUUAUUGGAGUGAUCCAGUCAAUUCGAAAGAGUACAAAUACGUUUUUCUGGCGGCGAGCAGCUCUUUGAAGGGUCAAAGUGACAAAGAGAAGUAUGAAAAGGCAAGAAUGUUGAAGAAAUACAUACAAAACAUUCGUGCAAACUAUACAAAAGAUUUUACCAGUAAAGAUGCUACAAAGAGACAGAUUGCUGUAGCCACAUAUCUCAUUGAUAAGCUAGCACUAAGGGCAGGCAAUGAGAAGGAUGAUGAUGAGGCUGAUACUGUUGGUUGCUGCACUUUGAAAGUGGAGAAUGUUACACUACUUCCACCAAACAAGUUGCAGUUUGACUUUCUUGGUAAAGAUUCAAUUAGAUAUUUCAAUACUGUGGAAGUUGAGUUGCCUGUCUACAAAGCAAUUGGAGAGUUCCAAUCUGCGAAAAGGAAUGAUGGAAGGAAGAAGGCUGACGGGGAUGAUCUUUUCGAUUUGUUAGAUACAAGUAAACUCAAUGCUCACCUGAAGGAACUCAUGCCCGGCCUUACUGCUAAAGUUUUCCGUACAUAUAAUGCUUCCAUUACAUUGGAUGACAUGUUGAGCAAAGAAACCACGGAUGGAAAUGUAUUAGAAAAGGUUGCAGUAUAUCAGAUAGCCAACAAAGAGGUUGCUAUAAUAUGCAAUCAUCAAAGAAGUGUUUCAAAGUCUCAUGAUGCCCAGAUGUCGAGAUUAGAUGAAAAGAUAAAUGAGUUGAAGGACCAAAGGAAGGAUCUCGAGGUUGAUUUGGGCAAAGCAAAAAGAGGGAAGCCUUUGGGGAUGGAUGCAGAUGGAAAAUUGAAGAAGAAUGUGGCCCCUGAGUUGCUGGAGAAAAGGAUUAUUCAGAUCGAUCAUAAAAUAGAGAAAAUGGAAUUGAGUAAGAAGACCAAGGAGGAUCUGAAGACCGUUGCUCUAGGCACUUCUAAGAUUAAUUACCUUGAUCCUAGGAUAUCUGUUGCAUGGUGCAAGCGUAAUGAAGUUCCCAUUGAGAAGAUAUUCAACAAGUCGCUUCUUGCAAAAUUUGCAUGGGCAAUGGAUGUGGACCCAGAAUUCAGAUUUUAGCCAUUGAGAAAAGCCCCAUCAGCCAUAAUAUCUGAGAUUAUGGCAUUGCUAUGAUUCCCAUUCGUAUAAUUCUUAUGCUCGGAAAUUUCUUCAAGUGUAGUCAUAUUUAUGAGUAGAUAUGUUCAUGCUGCUUUUUUUUUUCCCUCUCCUUUUUAUUUGUUUUUAACUUAGUGGGAAAUGGACCCUAAAUCUUAACAGAGCUGGAACAAUUGAGAUAAAUACUCAUCUCACAUUUUUAUUCUGUUGAAUAUAUUUUCCUUUUAGUUUAUUCAUUUUGAACUU